CAUCUGCAGUGUUACAGGCGGACUGACCGCACGACCACUCCUCACGUUGCUGCAGUGACACACCAGGUUCUUCCAUUAGAUUAAUUAACGGUAAAUUAACGGAAAGUCGCCGGUAUGACCACGGAGGAGACGAACGUGGAUCUGAAGGAUGCGGAGGCCAAAGAUGCUGAGCCGAAGGAGGAGGCUCAGGACUGCGCUCCGGUCGCCGCGGAUGCUGAUGCGACGGAGGCCGAUUUGAGUGAAGCGGACCUGGACCAGGAGGAGCAGGAGAAGCUGCCGAUGACCGGGGGAGUAGGAGGAGGUGAGCGGGUGGAGGAGGUUCCGUCUGCCGGGGGAGGGGAGCCGGGGGCAGCGGUGGAGAAGAACGGCUCCGUGAAGCUGAAGAUCCCCGAGGAGGAGCCGGGGGAGGUGAAAUUCACCGGGCUGAACAAGGAGGAGCUGAUGAGGGUGGCCGGCACUCCGGGCUGGGUGAGGACCCGCUGGGCGCUGCUGGUGGUGUUUUGGCUCGGCUGGCUGGGGAUGCUGGGUGGAGCCGUGCUCAUCAUCCUGCAGGCGCCGCGCUGCAGGGACCUGCCCGCCAUCAACUGGUGGAACGAAGGCCCGCUGUACCAGGUGGGAGACAUCCAGGCCUUCAGCGACACCCGCAACCUGAAGGGCGUGGAGCAGAGGAUCGGCAGUCUGUCUAAGCUGAAGGUCCGGGGUCUGGUGGUCGGUCCGAUCCACGUGGCUCCAGCUGACAACGCCAUGAGUCUGAGGUUCGAGGAGGUUUCCUCUGAGGCCGGGAGCCUGGAGCAGUUCAAGAGCCUCGUGGAGGCCGCUCACAAGAAGGGCAUCUCUGUGGUUCUGGAUCUAACUCCUAACUAUCAGGGAACAUCCGGACCGUGGUUCUCCAACACCAGUGUGACGAGUGUGGCCGAGAGACUCAAGUCUGCUCUGGUGUUCUGGAUGAAGGAAGGUGUAGAUGGGGUGCAGCUGUCGGGGGUGGAGCGAGUGGCCUCUGUGGUGCCGACUCUGUGGGCCGACAUCCGAGCCAUCAUCCAGAACCGGACGGACGAGAGUCCCAACAAGAGAGUCCUGAUCGGCGUCACUGAGCGUUCCUCGGCUGAAGACGUCUCCGCCCUCCUGUCAUCCACCGGCGUCAACCUGCUGAUUUCGAGGAUCCUCCGCCCCGCCGCUGCCGCCGCCACGGAACACACUCAGUCCGUCCAGCUCCUCUACUCGUCCCACAGCCAGAGCCAGCUGGCCUGGAGCCUGGGGGGCCCGGCGGGGGGGCACCUAGCCUCUUUGGUGGGACCGGCACUGGUCAGACUUUACCAGCUGCUGGUGUUCACGCUGCCCGGGACCCCCGUCUUCAACUAUGGGGACGAGAUCGGCCUGGUGGACGAGGACACCAAGUUUCCCAGAAUGCUUUGGGACUCUGAGGAGGAGCUGAACGGGACUCUACAGGAGGAGCGUUCUGAACGUCUGUCGCUCCAAAAGUUCUUCCGGGGUCUGAGCGAGCUGCGAGUUAAGGAGCGCUCUCUGAUGUUCGGAGACUUCCUGCUGCUCUCUAACUCCUCCUCCUCGCUGGCGUACCUGCGCGUUUGGGAUCAGAGCGAGCGUUACAUCGCGGCCUUUAACUUCGCCGAGGCGGAGUCGGCGGUGCUGCAGCUGAGCGACGCCGCGCUGCCUCCUUGGGCCACCGUGGUCGUCAGCACCAACAGCAGCGCUCUGCCCGGCGACAGCAGCGUGGACCUGGGGGAGCUGCGGCUCGGCCCCGGGCAGGCCGCGCUCCUCAGGUUUCCCUACACAGGGUAGACGCUAGAUUCAUGUUCUGUUGGUCCAGGAAUCAUGAGGGUUAGAGCUCCAUUCAGACGGGAGGAACAGCCCCGUGCUGCUCUUUAAUCUAUUCACUAAUCAGGAUCACUUUUUGACUUAAUGACACAACAUCUCCCUCCUGAUAUCGAGUGUGAUUUAAAGUUUUAGAUCUUUUUUUAAAAAUGUUUUGAUUUGUUUUAAAUCAUUAAUUAUAUAUGUUCAACAUUUCAAAAUGUUACAUCAUUUUAAUUUAUUCCAAAAUAAAUAAAUACAUAAAAAUAAAUAUUCAGAGACAAAGUGAGAAUAAACGUCCAGAAAUUCUAUUAGAAAUCUGAAUAAUAUUACACUUUUUAUAAAGCCCCUUUCAAAUGUUUUAACAUAAAAAGAACACCUUUAAAAAACACAGACAGGUGCUGCCUAAAGAGGAAUCAGAAAUCCUUAAUUGUUCCCUCCCUGGGAAAUGUUACAUUACAAAGAGAAACUGCAGAUAAAAACCUAAACAUAGUAUAGCUUAAAUAUUCAAUUAUGAAGGAAGCACACAUUAAUGCAAUCAAAUAAAUACACAGACAUGGUAAACAUGUUUUAAAUAGAAAAAAUAAAGUGACUUAAUAUCAAACAAAGGCUGGAAAAUCUAUCACCUCUGAAUGGAGCUCAGAUCCAAUGAUCCGGUAACGUGUUACUUAAAUGUCUCUCUUCUCACGUCAGCUGUUCCUUCACGUUUACUGUUAGUGUUGAAUAUCUGAUCAUGUGAUGGUACACCGGCUCACUGUCUGUGUUCAAUCUGUAGAAACUAAAAUAAAGAUGAAGCAAAUCCAA